AUGCAGAAAGCUGUGGGCGAGUGGAAUGAGUAUAUAGAAGCCCAACAAGAUAUAACAGGAGAGUUCAUUCAACAAACAACAAACUCAAGCAGUAGUAAGAAAUGGAGGCCACCAUCAAGAGGUACGAUAAAACUAAACACUGAUGCUGCAUUUUCACAAAAUUUGGAGAGAACAGGCAUAGGUGUUGUGGCCAGAAAUGCUGAAGGAGAGCUGAUGAAAGUUUGGGCAAGAGCUGAACUAAAACGUAGUGAGCCACAGGUGGAGGAAGCAGCAGCAAUUAGGAUGGGAAUGCAAAUGGCCUGGAAAGCAAACUGGAGGGCAGUUGAGCUCCAAUCAGACUGCAAAGAGGUGGUGGACAUGAUAAACAAGAAACAAAAGCAGCAAAACAACAUCGUGGUCAUCCUUGAGGAUAUAGCAAAUAUGAGAUGUUUGUUUGAACAAUGUACUUUCUCUUUUGUGCAUAGAGAUGGGAAUAGAUGUGCACAUAGUGUAGCAAAAUUUGCUGUAAAGCUAACAACAAAUGUUGAAUGGGAUGAAUGUUUUCCCAUGUGGCUCCAAGAGGAAGCCCAAAAUGACUUCAGAGGAGGCGAAUCUGAUGUACCUAAGUCUUGUAAUAUCAAGUUUACAAUAUGA